AUGGAAAAGUUAAUUUUCCAAUACGCCCCAAAAACGUGGGAUCACAUCGAUACUUCCAAUCCAGUUCGUCGGGUACUUCUCAGGCCCGAUUCUGCAGAAUACCUACUGAUCCAAAGAGAAGUACAAAUGGCUACAACCCCACCCGGUUAUUCAAUUCUUCAAAUACAAAGAUUCCAAAGUUCCUUCGAUUACGGCCAGUUGCUGAUUAGAGAACAAUUAAUCAUAAAUUUGUUCAACUACAGGCCGCUCUACAGGGUGCGCAGAUUCGUGUGUAUAGAGAGUAGAUUUUUGCAAGUGGCUUUAGAGUACAAUUUGGACUACAGGAGGUGCGGUUUGGGCCGUUUGUGUCUCCGGAAACAUUUGCAAGAUUUUCACGGAGGCGAUAAAGUUAUAUUAGUGGUGCAAGUCUUGACGCCAACUCCCAAUUCCGAGGAAAUAAUACCGGAGAACAGCUCGGACUAUUACAUAGAAUAUAUCGUGGUUUAA